UGAUGCUCUGUGGCCUGGCUGGGGGAUGGGGGUAUGCACAAUCUGAGGACACACUGGAAUAUUCAGAACAUGCUGCAUGGAAGCAGACCCAGCUGGAAAAGCAGCCUACCCCACAAAGGACCCCUCGGGUAUGAAGCAGCUUUUCAGGUUGGGAGGUGCUGUGGGCUCUCCUACUCUCCUUAAAUAGGCAGGCCUCCCUCCUACAACUACAAGGAGUCCACCUGGAGCACCACCCACAGCCAGCUCACAGCUCGCCUGCCUCCCGUCCUUGCCCUCCUGGGUCAUCUGUAAGAGCCACAACAUGAACGGCCUGGAGACAGCCCUGCCCAGUCUGACCGACAACUCCACUCUGGCUUACUCUGAGCAAUGUGGACAGGAGACCCCACUAGAGAACAUGCUCUUUGCUUGCUUCUACCUUCUGGAUUUCAUCCUAGCCUUUGUGGGCAAUUCUCUGGCCCUGUGGCUUUUCAUAUGGGACCACAAGUCAGGCACCCCGGCCAAUGUGUUCCUGAUGCACCUGGCCGUGGCCGACUUGUCCUGUGUACUGGUCCUGCCCACUCGGCUGGUUUAUCACUUCUCUGGGAACCACUGGCCAUUUGGGGAAAUCCCAUGCCGGCUCACUGGCUUCCUCUUCUACCUCAAUAUGUAUGCCAGCAUCUACUUCCUCACCUGCAUCAGCGCUGACCGGUUCCUGGCCAUUGUGCACCCAGUCAAGUCCCUCAAGCUUCGAAGACCUCUCUAUGCCCACCUGGCCUGUGCCUUCCUGUGGGUGGUGGUGGCUGUGGCUAUGGUCCCACUUCUAGUCAGCCCACAGACCGUGCAGACCAACCACACAGUUGUCUGCCUGCAACUGUACCGGGAGAAGGCCUCCCAUCACGCCCUGGCCUCCCUGGCUGUGGCUUUUACCUUCCCCUUCAUCACCACAGUCACCUGCUACCUGCUGAUCAUUCGCAGCCUGCGCCAGGGCCCCCGCAUAGAGAAGCACCUCAAGAACAAAGCUGUGCGCAUGAUUGCCAUGGUUCUGGCCAUCUUCCUCAUCUGCUUUGUGCCCUACCACAUCCACCGCUCAGUCUAUGUGCUUCACUACCGCGGCGGCGGGAUGUCCUGCUCUGCUCAGCGCGCCCUGGCCCUCGGGAACCGCAUCACCUCGUGUCUCACCAGCCUCAACGGGGCCCUGGACCCUGUCAUGUACUUCUUUGUGGCCGAGAAGUUCCGCCACGCCUUGUGUAACCUUCUCUGCAGCAAACGGCUCGCAGGCCCACCUCCCAGCUUUGAAGGAAAAACCAAUGAGAGCUCCCUGAGUGCCCGAUCCGAGCUGUGAGCCUUGAGCUGUGAGCCUCAACGAGGUCCUGUCACCAGGCCAGCUGUAGACUGCUGCAGGAGGACCAGCUCUCCACUGGGGCACAUGCUACCAGAGCCAGCUAAAGAAGUCUAUGUCCCCUCACCACUUCCUGAGCAAAUAAACUAACAUGUCAGCAGCUCUUGCCCUGCUCCAAGGUCUUCACUGCAAGGCCAUCCAGCCUGAGCAACUCCACUAAGAGGGGGAGCUGACUACAGGACGCCCUGCCCACCCUUCCACAGGGACUGGGUUGGCCUGCCUUAUUUACAGCUCCCAGACACUCAGUGACUUCACUGGUCCUAAAUAGGGAAGGGAGCCACAGGGACAUUUCUGGAACAAUGGGGAUCUUUCUUCCCCACGAAACUUCCAGCUUCCUUCAUACUGCAGAUGCCCACAGCAACAAAGCCCGACAGAAUAACCCAGAAAGCAAGCUGCCCAGAACCCCAAAAAGGAAGCAGCACAAAUCUCAAUGGAACUAGAGAGGCGUCUAAUAUUUCCUUUGAAGUGCAUGGUAUAUCACACAUCCCUACAGAGUGAGUCCUUGCCUGCCUUGGGAGAUGAUCUCAUUCCGAGCUUGGGGGACACAGACUCUCGGAUAGCCACACAUGAGUACAUUUCAGACUGAUUGCAAGUGAGUCCAGCAAACACAGCUCUGGACUUCCCUGCUGUGACCCUAUUCCCACAUCUGCCUCUAGCCUGACAACGUCUGGAGUUUCUCAGUGGAAGGUGACCUCGUCAGGCAUAUGGCAUAGAGACAACCAUUAGAGCCUGCUGCAGGCAGGGAGCCAGGUGUGUGAACCUGUCUUCAGCUCACUCAAACCCAGAGGGGGACAUCUCUACUCCCUCCCAAGAGGCUUCUGCCAGCCUCAGCUGCCUGGCUUUGAACUGUUGAACUUGUCAGCAUGUGUUAACCAUGCUAAUGUAUCCUUUUUGUACUUGUUUGUACUACUCUUAAACAUAAUUGAGCCUUAAGGUAAAGGAAAUUAUUAUGCUAAUUCAACAUGACACAUGAUGUCUUCCCCUGAAAUUCUCUUUCCUUCCACCCAAGAAUGACCAAGUAUGGCAAUGUCUCCAUUAUUGUGGUUCUGGUGGCCCCGUGGUAUGUCUGCCCCAGGCAGACCUAAAGCCAUGCAUCAUGGAGUUUCAAGUGCCAUUCUAGGUUCGAAGGGCUCUCAAACUUAACCCUCCAACCCUGCCCAUCAAUAGAGAAACGCUCUAUUCUUCUAUUACUAUUAUUUUGUCUUCCAAAGCAUGGGGUAGUGGCCCAUGCAUGGCUCAUCUCAGAAAGAGCACAGCCCAGACUGAUGCCCCUGAUGCUCAGUGUUGCUUCUCACCAGUACAGGUCUGUCCACCCUCGUGGACCCUCACCAAGACAGCCUGCUGAAUACAAGACCAUGGCACCCCUUACAGAUGCCAGGACCAGUGUGAGGUCAUAUGCCCCUCCAGCAGCAUAGCAAAGGGAAAAGAUCACUGUAGACUGAGACAGAGGGGCUUUGACAGAGAACCAAGUACCCAGACAAGAAGCACAGUCUUAUGGGAAGCUGGAGGGUCUCUGGAAGGCAGCGAUGCCUUUCCUGGCACAAGGGAUACAGAAGCAGAUUUGGGUCAGAGGAGGAGAAACUUGCAGCUCUAUUUGGGACCUGUUGUGUUGAAAUCUCAAAUGGAGAUGCCACACAGGCAGGGGAAUUGAACAAAGGAGAGAUCUGGAGGAGAGACCCCUGGAUUGUCCAGAUGUGCUGUUGAGAGACCCAAGACUUCAUCUUCAAGGGUAGGUACAGACACCGGCCCGAAGAACACCUCUGUGCAGAGAGAGGCUGGAGGAAGCUAACACAGAGGUCUUACUGGGAGAGGAGGCGGUAUCGGCAGGAGGGCCCUGAUGUUAGACCACUGAAGGUCAAGGAGAGGACCUGGUGAUACCUGAGGUAUAAAGAAGGCCAGCAGCUAUGCUCUGAAGGACUUUGGGGCACAAAGGUAUUGCUGGGAGUUCCCCCAAAGCUUUCCCACGUGGGUGGAAGAUAGGGUCAUGGCUGCAGGGGAGGUAUAGAACCCACAGCAAGGGAAGCAGGGGUGAGAAGAAAGAAUAAGGCUUCUUUCUUGAAAGGGGAAUUACCAGAGUACCAAUGAAGUUUAUGGUUCUGAGUUUAGAGUAAACUGGGCAACCUGGUUAAGGACCUUCUGUCCGACAUCCUCCAGCCAUGUGCAUACAGGGAGGAAGGCAGACAGCUGGGGUCAGCAUGGUGUGGGGGCAGCAGGUAGAGUGUAGUGUCAGGGGUAACAGUGAUUUGUUAACUUAAAACUCCUCAUCCAUCCAUAGCCACUCAAGAUCCUUCUUCAUGCCUGCUGUCCCCAAAGGAGCCCCUUGCUCAGAGGAAGCCCCGUCUGUCCUCACUCUUCUACCCCAUCUUUAUCCAUGCCCUGGGGAUUGUGUUCUCCAUCUAGUAGGGGUGGAACAAGGUCCAUGGCCAGGUCUGCAUAGGAUGCUGCAGAGCCUGGCAGGUACCUGGUACUUCGCUGGACCAUGGCUGUCAGGGUAGGGGCAAGAGACCGUCCUCUUUGCUCACAACAGCAGCUGCCUCACCUGCCUGCAUUCUUCACAAAGCCCAGGUCAGCCAGCUCCACAUCACACAGCUCACAGCGGAAGCAGGCUGGAUGCCAGUUGGUGUUCAUGGCCUUGAUCACGCGUCCAAUAACAAACUCACCUAGAAGAGGAGAGAGCUCAGCUGUCAGUCAGGACAUGCCCCCACCCUUCGGCACCUCCCAAGUCCUGUGUAGCCUGAGGCUCCUCCCAGUUUAGCCUUGUCCAAGCACCCCUCCUUUAGGGACCUGAAGAGCAAUGUUCACUCAGAAGGAUAGAAAGAGGUGGUGAGUAAAACUCCCCAGGUUAAGUAGCAUGCCAGUACUGUUGUUCCUACUGGUCCCCUCCCGACUUCCCAGGUGGCAUCACCAGCUCUUACCACAGAAUCCGCAGCAUGGAGCAAACAGCAUUUGGAAGUCAUGUUCGCAGUACUUCCGGCCCUCGAACUGCAAAUGGGGCCACAGACAAAAAACAAGCAAGUCAUUCACCAUCUCCACAGUCCUUUGCUCCUAAUACAUAACGGGGGUCUGGGGUCCAGAGAAGCGAGCCUUCUCAAGCUAGCUGGAGCAGGGACUGGCCCAGGCAGUUUAGCAGAGUGCCGAGUGAGUGUUUCACAGAGAUGCUAAGGAUCCGAGGCCAGCUCUUGGGGAUUCUGCUGUCUGUUGAGGACCCGAGGAUCCUGACUGUAGGCCAAGUUGAGGUGAGGUGGGAGCUGGAGCUGGGGCAGAACAGGUCAAAUCUGAGUCACGUGUGCCAUUUUGUCCUCUGUGUCUGACCAGGUCAGUGUCCCCAGAGGCUAUAGAAGGCCCAUAGUGGGAAGAGGGAAGAAAGAGAACACAGGAAGGGCCUGAGGAAUUGGGGUGACAAAGAAAAGCACCCCAGUGCUGCGGUCAGCGACUGUCAUGUAUUGUCUCCAAGCGUGACCAAAGCUUGCCUCAGCCUUCCUCUCCCUUAACAAUUUACUUUCUUAAAAAAAAAAUCUGGGGCUGGAGAUGUAGCUCAGUUUGUAGAGUGUUUGCAUAACAGGUAGGAAGCCCUUGCUUCUGUUCACAGGACUGCAUGAACAGGGUGUAGGGGUGCCCAUCUGUAAUCUCAGCACUUGGGAAGUCAGAGGGACCAAAAGUUCAAAGUCAUCCUCGCUAACUUCCUUCUCUUAAAGCUAUACAUGCAGCUCUCCCAGGGAGCCAGAGAAGCUGCAGAGACUUGAACUCCCUCAGCAGCAAUAUCUCCCCAACACCCAGUGGGUGCAUCACUUGGUUCUGGUCUAAAGCCCCUCAAAGAGCUCUCCCCAAUGCUCUGCUGCCUCUGCAGCCAGUCAGCAUCUCUCAGGAGCCUCUAAAGCAAAAGGAGAUCCUCAUCUGACCUGCGGGCCACAUACCCACAUCCGUCAACCCACGAUGCAGUCAGCCCCCAAAGAGAGCACAGCCCCCUCUGAGCUCUGGUCCCCCAGUGGAGUGCAGUCAGUGUUUAACCAUCUCUGGGGGGAGGCAACAGAGGCCCUGACUCUGGGUCUGCCAGAUGUUGUGGUGUGAAUCUCACUGCCAGGCUGGUGCCAUGCCGAUGUCACAAAUGGCACAUUGUCACAGGCAGAAAUAAUCUCAGACACAUACAUGACAUGAAAGUCUAACAAAAUACUGGGAAGUAGGGCAUUUUAAGUAUUUGUUAUCUUCAUUUCUUAAUAAAGUACUAUGCCCCCAUACACUGA